AUCCGUUUAUAACCUGAAUCGUGUUUGUAAAUUAAUAUAAUAAAUAAAUUAUUGCGAAAUUAAGUGCCUUCGUGCUUACAUAUAUAAAAUUAGAUUAUAAUUUAUCUAAUUAAAAUAUUACUGUGACACAUUUGAUGCUUAUAAGUGUAUUGUGAUGGUUUUAAAAAGUGGACGAAAUCAAGUGAAAUAUAGUUUUUGUAGUGUUUUUACAUAUUUUCGCAGUUACUCCGUUAGUGUUUAACGGUGUGGAACAUCUUGUCUUGAAUAUAACAGCGGUCAGGUUAUAAAAAACUGUACAAAAAACGCGAUUCCGAGAUUGCUGGAUUUUUUUUUUGGCAUAAAACCAAAAGUGACUCAACGACAAUGUUUUCAAAGAAGUGCAUAAUGUUAGAAAAUGGCGUAAGCAAGUGACAAAUAAACAAAAUGUCACCUGAUAAACGCAAAAUCAGUGAAACGAAUUUUAGGACUUACUAGCAUUUACUCAUUUUGAUCUCAAACAGUGCUCAACAAUGAUCGCUUUAAAGAAAUUGUACGGUGACGAACUGUUACGUCUAGCUUUAGUCCUAAGUCUCCUCAGAUCCAACCCUGAAGAGUACCUUCUAGAUGAGAGCCAGCAGAUCCUAGCUGGAUUGAACAUAUCCAACGGUACCGAUUGGUCUUUAGAACAAGAAGCUAGAACAUUAAUUAGACCAAGAUUUAUCCAUCCUAAGUCUUUGGAUAAUGUCUUAAUGAAUUAUGAAAGAAGAUUAUUCGAAGAGUUAAAUUCGCUUGGACGUUACACGGGUAGUAAUGCUCGUGUCCUUCAUGCAUAUUUAUUAAAUAAUGUAUCAACGAAUACAGUUCAACCUGUGCUGUCAACGGGUACGGACCACACUGAAGAGGAUGUGUCAGCCGAUGAUAAUGUAGCACAUGAAAUAAAAGUUGAAAAUGAAGAUAGCAACGAAUCAGAACUCAAUGAAGCUGAACCAAACGAACCAAAUCAAAUACAACCAGAUGUGGUUGUCACUCUUUCAGCAGAUUUCAGUAAUAGAUCUGACUUUGGGGAGAUAGCGUCAAGGUCGUUCGAUGUUAAUGAAUUUCUUAUACAACCGGAAAUGAUUAAGAAAGAACCAGAUUUGGAACCUUUAUUAGACGUUAAUGUUAAAAGAGAGAAUGAUUCAGAUCUUUACAGUGAUAAUGCAAUUGAUUUCGUACCAUAUUUCACACAUCGAUCUGAGAAAUUCGAAAUAGAUGAUCCUAAUUCUGUUUAUUAUCAAAAUCUAGCUGAUUUACAAGAUUAUAAUGAUAUAUUUGAUGAUGUAACUGAAAGGAAUGAACUGGAUUUAGAUAUCAAACAGCAAGAGAAUUUGGAACAAUAUCUCCUAGAGAAUACACCUUUAGAUGCGGAAGUUUAUGAAUUGGCGCCGAUGUUUGAAGAGGAAUUGGUGUUGGACGUGAAGAGGGAAAGAGCAAGCACUAGUUUCACUUCAGCUAGUUCUAGUGGUGUGAGCGAGAUGGAUGUGAUCGAUGUGAAGUUGGAACCAGACGAAGGUCAUCACAGCGGAGACGAAUUAACUCAAGAGGAUAUGGAUCUUAUCGAGGUGUUGUGGAAGCAAGAUGUGGAUAUGGGUUUCUCCAUCGAAGACCCUGUGCAACCGGAGGGACCUCAAGCAACUAAAGUGGAACUGCAAGAUGAGAUCGCUAAAGAACUGAAGCUCGCGGAAGAGAAGAUCCAGAAGAAGAUAGAGGAGACGGAGAAGAUAGAGAAGGUGAAAGCGUCGCUACUUGAUCCUGACUCUAAGGAGGAUGAUCCUUGGGCUGGCCUCUCUUACACCGUGGAUACUGAGACGGGUGAAUACGUGAUCCAGGGUGAUCUGCCGCGUGAGCUGGUGAAUAGCGAGGAGUCGAGAUUCGAUCUUCUAGAAGAAGCUUUACAACUCGUCGAGCUCGGAGACGAGGCCGAGCCUAAGGAUGAGCAGCCUGAGGCGGUAGAGUCUGUCAGUGGUAGUAGUGGUGACGAGAUGCUGCACCCGGCCAUGCGGCAUGUGCCGCAUCAUCCUCUAGCCCAUUAUCAUAAUCAGACGCGGCCCCAGCGUUGGCAAGAUCUGGCGUCUUUGCUUACCAUCCCUCCGCCUCCGGAGCAAUAUCAACACUACCAACAUCCGCAUAACAUAAGUGCUCAUGGGACUCCAGCCGGGUAUGGACCGAAUUACCACACACCGAUUGGACCAGUGCCUGAUAAACAUCCUGAAGCUUAUGGUGGAGCAGCUCCGCUAGAUGGCGCUUACAAAGUCGAAUCUACCCACCAUCCGCAACAACACGAUGCAUUGUACUAUCAGAACACUGGGGCAGAGAUGGCGCCACCGAACCAAGAUGGCUUCCUACAAGCCAUACUUAAUGACGAAGAUCUACAAUUAAUGGAUAUGGCGAUGAAUGAAGGGAUGUAUACGAUGCGUAUGCUGGAUGGAGCCCCCCAUAUUCCUCCACACAACCAUUCCCAUAUGACUGUGGCUACCGAACGUGAUUCGGCUUCCGAUAGUGCUGUCUCGUCGAUGGGUUCAGAGAGAGUCCCUUCAUUAUCUGACGGUGAAUGGUGCGACGGGAAUGAUUCCGCUCAGGAGUUCCAUAGUUCUAAAUUCCGGCCCUACGAUGCCGCGUACUCCAGAGAGAGAUCUCAUCCUCCACAGAAGAAGCACCAUAUGUUCGGAAAAAGAUGUUUCCAGGAGCAACCCCAAACAAACUUGGAGCCUCUAACUCGCACCCCAAGCGUCGUCAAAUAUGAGUGCCCCGAACAGACUUAUCACCACGACCUACAAAUGCACAAUGUGGACUACAGUCGUCAGGUGGUACCGCACGCGCCAGCGCUGCAGCCAGCACUGGACUUGAAUGCGGCUCAUUCCAGUCACGCGCUGCUACAGCCUAACGUGAGCCCAGGCCGCUACGGCGUGAGCGGCGAGCGCGUGCGUCACAACCACACGUACAGCGCGCUCGAGCCGCCCGCAGACAGACAUCUCGUCAGAGAUAAACGAGUUCGAAGGUUGACGGACGGUAGUACGUCGGACGGCGGGUCCGCGAGCUCGCAGCAUCUGUCGCGAGAUGAGAAACGCGCUAAGGCACUUGGUAUACCGUUGGAAGUUCAUGAUAUAAUAAAUCUUCCGAUGGACGAGUUUAACGAACGCUUGUCAAAACACGACUUAAGCGAGGCUCAGCUGUCUCUUAUAAGGGACAUACGUCGUCGAGGCAAGAAUAAGGUGGCGGCUCAGAAUUGCCGUAAACGUAAACUAGAUCAAAUAACGUCGUUGGCUGACGAAGUGCGCACAGUCCGCGACCGCAAGGUGCGCACGCAGCGCGACCACUCCGCGCUGCAAGCGGAGCGACAGCGCGUUAAGGAGAGAUUCGCUGCACUCUAUAGACAUGUAUUCCAAAACCUUCGCGACCCUGAUGGUAGACCGUUAUCCUCGAACCAGUAUUCCCUGCAGCAAGCUGCUGAUGGCAACGUGGUGCUGGUCCCCAAGAUGCACCACGAGCCUAUGAACAGAACUGAUGAUGACAUCGACAGAAAGACGAAACAUUACGAAUGAAUGUAGACAUUUAAGAAAUAUAGAAGAGGCAUUUUCCACUCGUAACUUCUUUGAAAGGUACUUUGUUAAAUUUACUGCCGUCUCUUAUGACAUUUUACUAAAUUAUAUGACCUUUUGUUAGGAAAUAAACUAAAAAGUCUUACAAAAUAAACCCAUUGGUAAUCCAUUUGAAGAAAUAUUUAUGCCUCUUCUAGAUAUUUCUUGAAUCUUUGCUUAUAAAUGGAUUUUACAAAUUUGUUUACGAUACGGAUUGAGUUUUACAUUUAUAAAUCGGGUUGUUUAAACAAAUUGUGUAAAAAUUGAGAGUUUUCAUUGGUAGAAUCAAAAUUACGAUAAAUAAAUGAGUAAUAGUUUUUUCAUAAAACACCUUUUUGAUACAUUUAUAAAUGUUUUAUACAUAUUAGAGUCACAAAUACUAGGAAAUAAAACAAUAAGGGUCCGUUCAGAUAGACGGAGAGAUGGGCAGAUUUUUAUCGCAAAUAAAAUUGAUUUUUUUUUCUUAUUAUAAGGUUUAAUUUAAAUUUACAUGUCUUUUCUUAUUCAAAAGUAAAAAAGACGUGUUAAAUAAAAUAAGCGUAUUUUAUUUGCGAUAAAAAUUUUGUUCUGUCGCUCCGUCUGUAUGAGCCCUUAACAGUGUCUUGUCUAGCUGGCUGGACAAUAUGUUUAUUAAGAUCACCAAUAUAAAUAGAACUUACAUUUAAAAAGAAUUAUAUUACCUUGUACCAGUGUGUCACGUUAAAAAUAACGCGAUUU